CAGAAUUUGACUGAUAGAUGGAAGAUAUCUUCUCCCAUAUGUCCUCAGUUGAAACGUCGGAAAACGAUUUAAAAGCUAUCCAUCCUUGACCGCGGGUAAAGUCUUUGGAACAGAAAGUGAAUCCAACUUGAUCACUGGGAUGAAGAUAUUCAGUUCCUUUAGCUACUAUUUCCUCCAGAGCGUCUUUGAUCCAUCCCACAGGUUCGACGUCUUUAGGGAUAGGUCGUAUUUUAAAUUCCACUUCUCGCCCAUAUAGAUUAGAUUUUUUAAUCUUCUUAGUAG